ACACUGCUGUCAUUCAUUCAAAUAGUGAGUUGGUCGCUGGAUCAAGUUUACUCUUCUGAGGAGCUUCUGGAGCAAGUACUGUGAGAAGAGUGACUCGAUCUGACUGAACCUGUGUGUGUUCAGAGGAAGAGCUCUGCUGACCCGCUGGACUCUGGGCUUCACUGACACCUGCACCAUGAGGAAGGAAUCCUGCUGCAUGUUCACGUCUGGAGUCAUUGGCGCUGUUCUCCUGAUCAUGGGAACCGGACUCUUUGUGUCCGGACUCUUCCAGACCUUGAUCCACAACAAGCUGAAGGGGGAGAUCACGCUGACGGAAGGCAGUAAAAUUUUCGGCACGUGGAAGAAUCCCCCACCUCCGGUCUACAUGGAGUUCUUCAUGUUCAACCUCACCAACCCUGAGGAGUUCCUGAAAGGAGAAGCUAAACCUCAUGUUACUACGAUGGGGCCGUACACCUACAGAGAGUUCAGGCCCAAACACAACGUGUCAUUUGUUCACAACGGGACGAAGGUUGCUGCUUACACAGCCAAGAUUUUCGUCUUCGAGCCUGAGAAAUCAGUUGGAGACCCGAACGUGGAUCUGGUGACGACGGUGAACAUCCCAGCGGUGGCCGUGAUUAAUCGGUUGAAAAGUCUAAGCUUCUGGGUCUCCACGCCAAUCUCCAUUUACAUGGGCUCCAUCGGCACCAAAAUGUCCAUGACACACACGGUGCAGGAGCUGCUCUGGGGCUUCAAAGACCCCUUACUCACCCGACUGAAAACCACAAAACCAGAAACAGACGAAUACUUCGGUCUCAUGCUGCAUAAAAAUGGAAGUGAUGAUGGUGAGUUUGUGUAUCACACCGGAGAGCAGAACUACCUGGACUUUGGCCGCAUUUACACCUGGAAGGGAGAAAAGAUGGUGUCCUUCUGGAAAACCAACCAGAGUAACAUGAUCAACGGCACUGACGGCAGCUCUUUCCACCCGUUCCUGACCAAAGAAGAGCGGCUCAACGUCUUCACCCCUGACCACUGCAGGUCCAUCCACAUGCGCUUUGAGAAGGAGGUGGAGUUGAAGGGCAUCCCAGCAUACCGCUUCACACCGCCCCGGGACACGCUGGCCAGCGGCAAGAACAACCCGGAAAAUGAGGGAUUCUGUGUGACACCAAAUAAAUGCCUGGACGACGGCGUGCUGGAUGUGUCUGUGUGUCGGAAUGGUGCUCCUGUUGUCAUUUCUUUCCCUCACUUUUAUCUGGCUGAUGAGAAGUAUGUCCAAGCUAUCGAUGGCAUUUCUCCGGUGCAUGAGCAUCAUCAGACCUUUCUGGAUCUGAACCCUACUAUGGGAGUGCCUGUUCGUGCCAUGAAACGAACCCAGUUCAACAUUCAACUCGAGAGAGUUAGUGGCUUUCCGUUGACCAGGAAUCUCAACAACACCAUCUUUCCCAUUUUGUUUCUGAAUGAGUCUGUGGUGAUUGAUGACGCUUCAGCGGCGAGGAUUCAGAAGCUGCUGCUGAUCGUAACUCUAGUGUCUCAUAUCCCGCUCAUCCUCGUGUCUCUGGGAGUCAUUCUGGUGCUUGUCUCCAUCAUCCUCGCCAUUCGCUUCUAUCAGAACAAGCCGUCUGCAAAGAAAGACACAUCAUUCGCUCCUGUCGCCGCCAAAGUGGACGAUCAAGACGAAAAAAAUGGCACUUAUAUCGGCAUGACGCCUGUGGACAAGUCUUAAGCGGCUGUGUGUGUGUGUGUGUGUGUGUGUCACAGGUGCUUUCACUCUCACUUCAUGGUCACUCUGCAUCUGUUUCAUUUCAUAUACACUUAAGCGACAUUAAAACUGCUGUCAGGGAUUUAGAGUAUCACAGAUCAAAUGUUAAGAAACUCAAUUUGGACCCAAAUGCAGCCCUCGCUGUCCACUGAUCACUCUACUGAAAUCAGGCCUAAAUUUAUGAUUUAUGUGUUUGAAUUCCAUCUACAUUAAACUUAAUGUGAUGCAUAUUUGUCAGUCAUACAUAACAAAGCCAGAUUUCUAAACAACUAAUUUGCAUUUAUUAGAUGUAUUAUGUUUUCAAGAUGCAUUUAUUCGAAUCAGCAUAAAUCUGUUCAUCUAUCUAUAUAUAAACAUGGUUGAAAUAUGACUAGAUGUUGAACAAGCAAUUUUCAAUGAAAUGCAUGAGAUUGAAACAAAUGGUAUUUGCUGAUAAUAGAUAUAUAAACCUUGUUAUUGUAUAUAAAACACAUUCAGUUUCAUUUAUAACUGACAAAUAUGCAUCGUAUUAAGUUUAUUCCAUAGUGUCAUUCAAAUCGUAUAUACAUUUCAUAUACAUAAAUCUUAAAUUGAAACCUUUUUCACACAUGAUGUGUUGCUGCAUUUAAACAGAACAGAGAAAGUAGUUUUACCUUGACAUGACUGACCGCAGCCAAACACACACAUGUGACAAACAAUAACACAACCUCUCCUGUGUGAACGAGGCGAGCCACAUGUGACUGAACCUGCUGUGCCUUUCAUCAUGAAGCGUGUUAUUUCAGUGAACAGCUGAUUCAUUCAUAAGCUUAAAAUGCUAAAGUUGUUGAUUUGAUGUUGUGGAAUAUGUAAUCUAACGUUAAUUUCGUUAAUAACGUAAUGUCAGACAUACACACUUCUCUGAACGUGAUCUUUGAUCCUCAAACACUGAACGCAGACGACUGCCUGAAUGAUUUUAGAUGAGAAUUGUUCUGAAAUGAAUAUAAUCUAUAAGUAUUAUUA